AUGUCUCUAGCACCUGAGAAGUCAAAAUAUAAGGGCAAGGAGAAAGAGAAACCUGUGCCAAGAAAGAAAGGGAAAGGGUUACAAUCAGGAAAGAAUACACAUCCUUCUGGUAUUUCAGACACAGAGACAAGCCAGUUAGACAAUAAACUGAAGGAAGAGGCUGAGAUCAUUGAACAGAAAGACACAAAGGGGAAAGUGUCUUAG